AUUAUCAAAGACCUGCAGUUGCUGGGGUUGGUGGCAGCCCUGGUGAUGGCUGAUGUGAUCCUGCUCAUGACAUGGGUGCUGACCGAUCCCAUCCAGUGCCUCCAGAUCCUCGGUGUCAGUAUGACGGCGACAGGGAGAGACGUGUCCUGCUCCUUGACCAGCACCCACUUCUGUGCUUCCCGGUACUCCGAUGCCUGGAUUGCUCUCGUUUGGGGAUGCAAGGGUCUGCUCCUGCUGUAUGGUGCCUACCUGGCUGGCCUGACUGACCACGUGAGCUCUCCUCCUGUGAAUCAGUCCUCAACCAUCAUGGUUGGGGUCAACCUGCUGGUACUGGCUGCUGGGCUGCUUUUUGUCGUCACCAGAUACUUGAACUCCUGGCCCAACCUGGUCUUUGGACUUACAUCUGGAGGCAUCUUUGUUUGCACAACCACAAUCAACUGCUUCAUCUUCAUUCCCCAGCUGAAGCAAUGGAAGGCAUUUGAAGAGGAAAACCAAACAAUCAGACACAUGGCCAAAUAUUUCAGCACUCCCAGCAAAAGCUUCCAUACCCAGUAUGGUGAGGAACAGAACUGCCACCCGAGAGGAGAGAAAAGCUCCAUGGAGAGGCUCCUCACAGAA